AUGCAUGCGUCCGCCGCCCGCAAGCGCGCCCGCACCGGCGGCGGCGGCGAGGUUGAGGCCGUGCCGGUCGCGGAUGGCUUCGAGGCGCCCAUCUUUGGCGCGCGCGUGUACGGCCAGGUGACCACGCUGCCGAUCGAGGGCGAGGACGGCCCUCUGGCAUCGCUCGGUCAGGUUGGCGUCGCGAGCGACCACGCGGGCGCCUGGUACGUCUCGACCAAGGACUCGCUGCUGCACGUCUCGGCGGCCGGGCGCGUGCGCCGCGUAGCAGCCUUGCCGGCAAGUAACUACUACACCGCUGCGGCCAGCCCCGACGGGAGCGCGGCGUUUGUGGCGGACUUCAUCAACCACGAGAUCCGGCGGGUGGAGGUGGCGACGGGAGAGGUGAUGACGAUCGCGGGCAGUAGCACAGCGGGCAGCGCGGAUGGCGUGGGCGGUGCGGCGCAGUUCUGCUACCCAGGUGGCAUCGCCAUAAGCCCAGGCGGCGGCGCGCUGUUUGUGGCGGACUUCAACAACCACAAGAUCCGGCGGGUGGAGGUGGCGACUGGCGCGGUGACGACGAUUGCGGGCAGCGGCGAGGAUGGCGACGCGGAUGGCGUGGGCGACGCGGCGGAGUUCUGCGGCCCACGUGGCCUUGCCAUCAGCCCAGACGGCGGCGCGCUGUUUGUGGCGGACAGCGAGAACCACAAGAUCCGGCGGGUGGAGGUGGCGACUGGCGCGGUGACGACGAUCUCGGGCAGCGGCGAGGGUGGCGACGCGGACGGCGUGGGCGACGCGGCGGAGUUCUACGACCCACGUGGCAUCGCCAUCAGCCCAGACGGCAGCGCGUUGUUUGUGGCCGAUCAUGACAACCGCAAGAUCCGGCGGGUUGAGGUGGCGACUGGCGCGGUGACGACGAUCGCGGGCAGUGGCACCACGGGCAUCGUCGAUGGCGUGGGCGACGCGGCGGACCUCGCCAGCCCAGAUGAAGUCGCCAUCAGCUCCGACGGCAGAGCGCUGUUGGUCAAAACGAGAGAUGGCCGCCUCCGCCAGGUCUGCGUGGCGACGCCUCCUCCGCCUCCCUCCUUUGCCCCGAUCGUCGUUCCGCCCUCCACCUUCUCCGCCGACAUGGCGAAGACGUGGGGCGACGCCACCCUCCCAGAGGGGAAAGUCACCUUCCUGGUCGGCGACGACGAGGAGCGCAUCGAGCACGUGAGCAAGUGCAACCUCUGCGCCCGGUCCCCGGUCUUCCGGACCAUGUUCGGCAUCGGCAUGAAGGAGCGCGACGCCGCCGAGGUCACGGUGUCCCACACCGACCUCGCCAGCUUCACUGCCCUCGUCCGCUACCUCCUCACCGACCAGUUCGACCUCGGCGAGGAGGAGGGCGGCAGGGCGCAGCGCGCGUUCGACCUGCGGGAGCUGGCGCAGAUGUACCAGGUGCCGCGCCUCGAGCUGCUCUGCGCGCAGGCGCUGCAGGAGAGCGUCGCGCCGGCGACCGCCGUGCCGCUGCUCGAGGCGGCGCACACGACGGGCGACGGGCGGCUCCUCGCGCAGUGCCGCCGCUUCGUGGCCGACCACGCCGCCGAGGUGCGGGCGAGCGGCGGCGUGGAGCAGCUGCGCGACUUUGGCGUGGCCAAGGGGCUGCUCGGCGACGCGCUCGACCAGGUGGCGGAGCUGAAGGGCGCGAUGCGCGCGCUCCGCGUCGCGGAGAGCUGA